UGUGUUUCUCUGUUCUAGGGUUUGUGGCAUAGUAUGGAUUUGACAUCAUCACAGCAUAAUCAUCUAAAGACUCAAGGGGUCAGAGAAUUCAAAAGACAAGAGGGGGAAAAAGAAGAUGAACAGAUAGUUGCAAAAAUCAUGGAGAGGCGUUUUUUUCCUGAUCAUAUAGCUUAUAAGACUUGGGAAGGCUUUCACUUUGCUGGCCAUGAGAUAAGAAUUACAGAAGCCACUGAUUGUUAUGGGGCAGUCGUCUGGCCAUCGGCUCUUGUUCUGUGUUAUUUUUUGGAAACUAAUUCUAAACAAUGCAAUUUGGUUGACAAAAAUGUGAUUGAAAUUGGAGCUGGAACUGGCUUGGUCUCCAUAGUAGCCAGUUUGCUGGGUGCCUUUGUGACUGCCACAGAUUUGCCAGAACUACUGGGAAACCUUCAGUACAACAUUCUCCAAAAUACAAAGCAGAAAUGCAAACACCAGCCUUGUGUUAAGGAGUUGUCUUGGGGAAUUGAUCUGGAAAAGAACUUUCCUAGGUCUUCCUGUCACUUUGACUACAUUAUGGCUGCUGAUGUAGUUUACCACCAUCCAUUCCUAGAUGAACUCCUCCUAACUUUUGAUCACUUGUGCAAGAAUGAUACUGUUAUUCUGUGGGUCAUGAAAUUUAGGCUGGAGAAAGAGAACCGAUUUGUGGACAGAUUUCGGACACUAUUUGACUUAGAGAUGAUUUCUAAUUUUCCCAGUUUGAACAUAGCCUUGUAUAAAGCAAUGAGGAAAGGCAGGAUGAAAGCCAGACCUUCCAAACUGAAGGUCUGAAAGAGAGAUAUGGGGAGGUGACAGUUGCAGCUGUUCUGCAGCUUUUUCUCUCUUUAAUAAUUUCCAUUUUAGUAGCUGCUGACACUUACAUGAGUGACAUUUCUAGAGAUAGGUAAAACAAAUCAUCAAAUUCCUAGUCCAUUCCUAUAAAUUCCUAAAUUCAAUUUGCCAAUAGUGAUAUAUACAGAAGAGAUAUAUCUGUGACAUUGUCUUGACUUUUAUGUGCUAAGCUGACAACUCUAAUAACUUUUACAAGUCUUACCAUGAUUGUUAUGGGUCAUAUAAUGAAUAUUCCCAGAAGUUUUCAAUUACAGCUUUGAACAGUCUCUUGUAAGUUUGAACAAUUAUUUAAAACUUUAGACUAUAAAUCUUUGUAUUUAAAAGUUUUGGUGUUAAAUCUGAUAUUUCCCCAUUUUCACUAUCAUGUUAAUCCUUCCUUUGAAUACUCUUAAUAGGACAUUAAAUUAGCUGAAGAAACCUCACCACCUGGAAAACACAUUUUUGUGAUAAAGGGAUAGAAUACAUUAAUUACUCCUAAUGUAAUGAUCAUGCUUUCAUUUUUCUAUUUAAAUUUAGGGAUUCUUCAACACAAAGUGCACAUGAGGCAAGAGGGAUUUAAAUGUUUUGCUUGUUGCUUGAAUAAAGGUCAUGUAUUAGAAGCAUACAACAGCUGCCCUUUACAAAGACUUUUAAUUCUUGGUCUGGAGCUCUGCUCCUCCAAAAAUAGACGGUUAUCUGAACCUGAGGGAGUAACAAUGGAAAAAGGACAGUGGCCAUCAGGAAAGGAGUUUUGCACUGCUGGCUGCUGGUGGCUGGAGGCAGAAAACUAAAGCAGCCUGUCAUGAUGUGACUAAGGCAUGGAUAGAAUUAGAUAUUUGUUUGGUUUUUUAGUAUGGGCAAACAAAAUACUUUCCUCCUAGCCACUCAGUACUGCAUGCUCCUGUUUUCGGUGGCCUAUCAAAGAGUUUUCU